CUGAAUAGCAACAGCGCCGGGGGUGAGUCACCGUUCGGCAAUGGAGUGGGCGGGUGCGUGUGUAAGAGAAUGAAUGAUGUCAGGCAGGAGACUAGCUCCGGUGGCGAGCAUGAGACUCGCGGUAAACACGGCAGCGGCAGCUCCGAGUGAGUGUUGCCCUCGUCGGUCCCCGCUCCGGAGCCGCCCUUCAGCAGGGCACCGCUUCCAGCUGCGGUACUGCUGAGGGAUUGCUGCAGGCAGGAACCUCUCUGGGAAGUGUCGCCUCCGCUGACGCUCGUAAAGUCCGUCUCUUGCGCCGGGAAGGAGAAGAGGCUGAGAGAGGAGCAAACUGCAGGGGAAGGUAGAGAUCGCGGUAAACUUUCUAGCUGCUUCUGCAUGCUGCUGCCUCACUGCUGGGAGUGUCUGGCCAGAAGGAACUGCAAAGCCCAAACCCAAGAGCCCUGAGGCUCCAGAAGAGACUUCCAGCUGCCUUUAGAGGAACUGCCUGCAGUGAAAGCUUUUGUAUAUACAGCGGAGCUGAUCCAGGGAAAGGAAAGCUUUGUCUUCACCCACUAGCUUUGCAGUAUCUGAAUGGUGAGAGCACAAUGGACAUUUUGUAGAGGUUUGAAGAAAUCAUCUAGGAACAAGAACGUUGGACUUGAAGGAAUAACAGAUGCCAGAGAGCCUGGAAACUGCUCACUGAAAAAAACCUAAUUUUGGCCAUAAAGCUUGGGAAUGAAUACCAUUGAGACAGCAAAACUUGAAGAACAUAUGGAGGGUCAAAACAAUGAGACUUCUAAUGGCUACUCACGACCUACACUCUCAGUCAGUGAAGAGAACAAAAAUGGCACUAGCAAACCAAAGGGCUUGUCGAAUGGCUUGCGAAAAACAACAAAGAAAUACCCUGAUUACAUCCAGAUUGCUAUGCCUGCUGAAUCUAGGAACAAAUUUCCUUUGGAAUGGUGGAAAACAGGCAUUGCCUUUGUCUAUGCUCUCUUCAACUUGAUUCUAACAACUGUCAUGAUCACUGUGGUCCAUGAGAGAGUACCUCCAAAGGAGCUAAGCCCUCCCUUGCCUGACAAAUUUUUUGAUUACAUUGAUCGUGUAAAAUGGGCUUUUUCUGUAUCAGAAAUAAAUGGAAUGAUACUAGUUGGAUUAUGGAUAUUCCAGUGGUUGUUUCUAAGAUACAAAUCAAUAGUGGGACGCAGGUUUUUCUUCAUCAUAGGAACUUUGUACCUGUACCGCUGCAUUACUAUGUACGUUACCACCUUACCUGUGCCUGGAAUGCACUUCCAAUGUGCGCCCAAGUUGAAUGGAGAUUCUCAAGCAAAGGUUCAGAGGAUCUUGCGACUGAUUUCUGGUGGUGGUCUAUCCAUAACUGGAUCGCACAUCCUUUGUGGAGACUUCCUUUUUAGUGGUCACACCGUGGUGUUAACUCUCAUCUACCUGUUCAUCAAAGAGUAUUCACCACGUCAUUUCUGGUGGUAUCAUUUAAUCUGCUGGCUAAUGAGCGCUGCUGGCAUCAUUUGUAUCCUUGUGGCUCAUGAACACUAUACUGUGGAUGUCAUCAUUGCUUAUUACAUCACCACACGGCUUUUCUGGUGGUACCACUCAAUGGCUAACGAAAAGACUUUAAAGGUGUCUUCGCAGACAAAUUUUCUCUCUCGAGCAUGGUGGUACCCAAUAUUUUAUUUCUUUGAGAAGAAUGUGCAAGGCUCUGUUCCUUGCAGCUUUUCCUGGCCAAUAUCUUGGCCUCCCAGUUGCUUCAAGUCUUCAUGCAAAAAGUAUUCACGGGUACAGAAGACAGGAGAGGACAAUGAAAAAUCUACCUGAAGAAGAAAAACAUCUGCUUUGUUUUGUUGGUAGUUGGUUGGUUGUUGUUUUUUUAACCAAAACAUUAAUGCUGUAACCAAAGCUCUUAAGAGGACUACACUGUAACUGAAGAAGUGGACCAACCUUCUGUGCGAUUGAUUGGAAAGAAAACUGUAGACACACAAAUCUGCCAUUUCAUGUUUUCCUGUCAUCAGGCUGUGCAGACCUAUUCUGCUCUUCAGUGCUAAUAGAAUGCACCACAGAUGGGAAUUUUUUUUCUUUCUACUAAAGAAAAAAUGGAGUGGGACUUUGCUUUACUAAUGAGACAGCGGUGCCAAAGACCACAUUAACACUUUCAUUACUACUAUCACUCAUCCAUGGAAGCACCCCAAAAAAUCUCAUCUUCAGAAUACUGGAGUGCAUAAGGGCAAAAUCUAGCCACAAUGUAAAAGCACGGUAACAGCAUAUAGAGGUGUAUGAAAAACCCAAGCACAGCUGUGGGAAGUGGUUUGUUGCAUUCUUCUUGCUAAUGAGGGUCAGGCUUUUGCUUGACUGGUACAGCUGAAAGUGAGCCUUGACUUUCUCUGUGCUCUGCAGGUAUGAGUAUCUUAUGACCCUACAAUACUACUUGCCAUCAUUAUUUCCCAUGUAUUCCACUAUAUACCAAUUUUUACAUUUUUAUUAGUGAUUUUAUAUUUAAAACUGUUGUGCUACAUGAGGACUUUGCAAAUUAGGAAAUAGCUGCUAACAUCAGAGCUCAAGGAGCCUAGAAGUUUAUUUUUAAGAACAGAGAUUCAAAGUCUAAAUCUUUCACUGCAGUUUGGCCUUGUGUAUACAGCUAUCCAGUGCCUGUCAGUGUAUGUGCCUGCAUACAGAAAAGCACACACUGCUGUGUAGUUGAACAACACAUACUAAACAAAACUACUUAUUGUAAGGAGUGAUUGGACAGUUCUUAAUUCAGGAAAAGUCCUACAGAUCUCAUCUGCUUGAGGAAUGUAGGACCAGGUCCAAAGUGGGACUCUAUUUAAACAUUUUAGGAGAUACUUCUCGCUGAAACUAUGUAGCAGGUUUGCUUGGGAGCUUGGAGCUCUGCAUUGAAUUUCUUUUUUACUUGUUGGCACACUUUUCUGUGACUUAGUUUAAAAAAAAAAAAAACCAAAACAACAAAGUGCCAAGGCAAAUACCUUCAAGAGUAGCAUUUCUUCAAUUGUUACCUACACCCAUUUCAUACUGAAUGACCCUGGUAGAACUCGCAGGCAGAUUCCUUUUGAUCCCGAGUUUCAGGCUGACUAAAAUGGUUGUUCCAGCAAGUUGGCUGAGAAUUUGGGAAACUACCAUGGAGCAAACAUGUUAACAAACCCACAAAUUAACAGCUACCUGGUUCUUGUUGAGUUUUACUGUUCUGUAUUGUUGGGAAAGCCAAGUAGAAAACUAGCACAUCUUGUUUAACUGUUUGUGUUCUGUAUUAAUUUCUGGAGUUCACUUUCAUUUCCCAAUCUUCAGUGAAACCUGAUAGCAAAGAUAAAAUUGCAUUGUGUUGAAGUGAUGCUAAGAUGAAAGAAAGGCUGCUUAUUUUAAGACUAUCUUGAACUGAUUGACAAGUGUGAACACAGUUUAUAUAAUGACAGGUUGUUUUAUAAAAAAAAUCCAGUUGAAGUUACAAAAUGCAUUGCAGAGUAUUCAAAUGUGAUUUGGUUUUUUUUUUUCCAGUUAAGGGGAUCAGUUGCUAUGAGUUCUACAUGAGAAUAUUACUGAUUUGUAUUUCAAGUAUUUUUGUGCAUUAUCAAAAGAAAUACAAUAAACAAUGUUCCUUCCAAGACAUCCUUGGUAAAAUUUAGCUAAAAA